GGGUACGGUUCCGGGUCGUGGCGCUGCUCUGGGUAACAGGGUUGCUGUUGCCGGCCGGCAGCUGCGGGGAGCGGCGGGGUCAUGAGGGCGAGCCCGGGGCGCCAGGGCCGAGCCGGCCGGUAGGAUUGCGGGUCCCCGAGGACUUCGUGGGCGCAGGGUUCGGUGUAGGGGCCGGGAGGCGUAGGGGAGUCAGGACCUCCCUCAGGGACGUGUCCUGGGCGAGGCGGCCUGUAGUGCUGGAAGCAGCUUCAGGUAAAGGUUGCCCCAGCCGUCGCCCCCUCGCCCGCGGAACCCUCCGACCCCUCAGCACCCCGCUGUCCUCGCUGUCCAGCGGCGCCCGUUGGGGCCGUGCUCGGUGGCCUGGGAGCAUCCGUUUCCUGGCAGCCUGACAGCUGGGUGUGUGACUUAGGGCUUCAUGCUUGCGAGCCUACCUUUAAACUGUUGCUGUUUCUUGGGCUUUCUUGCCAUAAAUACUCCCUGGGCAAGCUCACUCACACCUAUGGCUUCAUCUGUCACAUGUAUGUUGAUGUCUUCCAGAUUUACACAGAGUUUUCUCCAGAGCUACAGGUAGGUGAGCCUGUGAAACAGUAUGAAGAGGAGAAAAUAGCCUUUUAAAGAGACUGGCCCACAGAAAGGAUGGCCUUCUUGGACAAUCCAACUAUCAUUCUAGCUCAUAUUCGACAGUCACAUGUGACCAGUGAUGACACGGGAAUGUGUGAGAUGGUUCUCAUUGAUCAUGACGUUGACCUAGAGAAGACUCAUCCUCCGUCAGUGCCUGGAGACAGUGGGUCAGAAGUUCAGGGAAGCAGUGGUGAGACGCAGGGCUACAUAUACGCCCAGUCUGUUGAUAUUACCUCGAGCUGGGACUUUGGUAUUAGAAGACGCUCAAACACAGCUCAAAGAUUAGAACGACUCCGCAAAGAGAGACAAAACCAGAUCAAAUGCAAAAAUAUUCAGUGGAAAGAAAGAAAUUCUAAACAAUCAGCCCAGGAGUUAAAGUCACUGUUUGAAAAAAAAUCCCUCAAAGAGAAACCUCCAAGUUCGGGCAAGCAGUCCAUAUUGUCUGUGCGCCUGGAACAGUGCCCUCUGCAGCUGAAUAACCCCUUUAAUGAGUACUCCAAGUUUGAUGGCAAGGGUCAUGUGGGUACAACUGCAACGAAGAAGAUCGACGUCUACCUCCCCCUGCACUCAAGCCAGGACAGACUGCUGCCAAUGACUGUGGUGACCAUGGCCAGCGCCAGGGUGCAGGACCUCAUCGGGCUCAUCUGUUGGCAGUACACGAGUGAAGGACGGGAGCCAAAGCUCAAUGACAACGUCAGUGCCUACUGCCUGCAUAUUGCUGAGGAUGAUGGGGAGGUGGACACGGAUUUCCCACCGCUGGAUUCCAAUGAACCCAUUCAUAAGUUUGGCUUCAGUACUUUGGCCCUGGUUGAAAAGUACUCUUCCCCUGGUCUGACCUCCAAAGAGUCGCUCUUUGUUCGAAUAAAUGCUGCCCAUGGGUUCUCCCUCAUCCAGGUGGACAACACGAAGGUCACCAUGAAGGAGAUCUUACUCAAGGCACUGAAACGAAGAAAAGGGUCCCAGAAAAUUUCAGGCCCUCAGUACCGCCUGGAGAAGCAGAGCGAGCCUAACAUCGGUGUGGACCUGGAGAGCACGCUGGAGAGCCAGAAUGCCUGGGAGUUCUGCCUGGUUCGAGAGAACAGUUCAAGGGCAGACGGAGUUUUCGAGGAGGAUUCACAAAUUGACAUUGCUACAGUGCAGGAUAUGCUUAGCAGCCACCAUUAUAAGUCAUUCAAAGUCAGCAUGAUCCACAGACUGCGGUUCACAACUGACGUGCAGUUAGGUAUCUCUGGAGACAAAGUGGAGAUAGACCCUGUUACGAAUCAGAAAGCCAGCACUAAGUUUUGGAUUAAGCAGAAGCCCAUCUCAAUCGAUUGUGACCUGCUCUGUGCCUGUGACCUUGCCGAGGAGAAGAGCCCCAGUCACGCGGUCUUUAAGCUCACGUAUCUAAGCAGUCACGACUAUAAGCAUCUCUACUUCGAGUCCGACGCAGCUACCGUCAGUGAAAUCGUGCUCAAGGUUAACUACAUCCUGGAGUCACGAGCAAGCACUGCCCGUGCUGACUAUUUUGCUCAAAAACAAAGAAAACUGAACAGGCGGACGAGCUUCAGCUUCCAGAAGGAGAAGAAAUCAGGGCAGCAGUGACACUGGCCUCCAGUCUGGUGCCACAACCCGGACUGCCUGCAAGGCCAGGUGGACCAGAGUCCUCCGGCAUCCUAUAGAGCCAAGACCCGCAGACACAGGCUGCUGGGCGCGAGGGGAAGGUUUAGAGGUAGGGGUACCAUUGGACUGAAGCUUGGCCAUGGUUCUAAGUAGCAAUGUCCAGGGGCCAGCCCCCUCCUGGAGGGCGGAGAGCUACUCAGCCGUGCUCACUGUCUGGCAGCCCCAAGGGUGUACAUAGAUAGCCAUGCCAGACAUCUCCUUGCAACUUGAUCAAAUUUCUUAAACAAAGAACAAAGUGUACAUUUCUUUUUUUCCUUUUAAUAAACUCUUUAUCAUGGUUGGUAUGAUGGACCAUUCUUUGGGGUGGAGGAUUGACUGUAUUAUCUUCUUAAAAAUCUAUUCCCAUAUUGAACAGGCAGAUUACAAAAGCUGUGGUUGGAGCUCUCACAAGCAGUGUUUAGGGCUUAGCCAGUAGCAUUAGCUGUGCCAUUUGUUUAAAUGAGUGCAUUUGCUUUGAGAAUAGCAUCUUACUAAAGUUAGGAAUGAGGACCUAGCAUGUGCCGGGCGUGAGUGCGUGCAUGGGUGCGUGCGUGGGUGUGUGCCUGCGUGCGUGUGUCCAAGGCUGUUAUUUUCCCCUUCUAAGGUCUUCUCAACAUGUCAGCACCUGUGAUCCAAGGGACAGGUGCUGGUAGGAGAGUGUGACAGUGUCUCCAGGUGGUGCUGAGUCCCCAGCCAGAGUCCUCUCUCCUCUUCUCAUAGCAAGUAUGAUAUGGUCAGCUUGCCUCGCUGGCCAUGAAGCUUUCUCUGAUCCUUCUACCGGUGCCUCCUGUGGGGCCGGAAACUGCUGCUGCUAUGCUGAAUCCGGGGAAGGAGAGCAAGCCCUGAGCAGAAAAGGCAAGGUGCCCAGUACCUUGACAUCACACCACACCUCUGCCUACACCAGAUGCCUCUGCAGACCUUACCUUGGUCCCGCCUGUGGCAGCAUCCUUUCAUACUGUCUUGGGCCAGGGCCACAGCCGAUAUCUUAUACGACCUGUGUUUCGGACAUUUUUUAAAUCAUUGUAUCCAAGCAUCUCAGAGACAAGUGUGCUUCUUUGCGAAAGGGUCAACUGAAUGAAUGCUUCUCCCACUCUGAUCUGUUCAGCCAACAGGAGCACCCUUUUCUAAUGUCUUCCACUCCUAACUCUUCUCCCCACCCCCCAAAAAAGGAAUAUUAUUUGUAGCUUGCUCUGUAUUUGAAUUUUUAGCAAUUUUAUAUUUAGAUAUCUUUGAAAAUGUAAAUGACUAAUUUGGUCAUUAAAUCUUGUCACAUAUUCAAUAUUAAGAUACUAAAAUAAAAGUCAUAAAUACCCUC